UUCAACACUACUAUAUAACAAAUAAUUUGAGGGCAUGCCCGACCCUCAAACGCAUAACCAGUUACUAAGAAGACCUUCUAUUAUUGACCAGCAUUUAUCUACUCUAUUGCAGACUGUCUCAAUAGAAGUUGAGGCAGGCUCAGAAUUAUUGACAGAUGGGAUUAUUGAGAGGCUAGCUGAACUGCUCAGCACGACCUCGGGUCGAGCUGAGCAGGCAGCUGAAAUAAUCGCAGAGAUGGCAAAAUCUGAGGAUAAUAGAAUCAUCAUGGUGCAACAAGCUGUGAUACCACCAUUAGUUGCAAUGGUGCACAACAGUGCCCCACGAGUGCUCCGCCAGGCGUGCCGAGCAAUGGGUAACAUAUGCUUUGAAAGCACAUCAGGUAGAGAUAUAGUGUUGAGUGAGGGAGGAGUCAAUGCUCUCGUCAACAGGCUCAAUGAGCUAAUGCCAGAAGAAGCUACUGUUACAUCCCAAAAUGAUGUACACUACAUGUUGUGCGGGUCACUGCAUACCAUCUGUAUGGAUCACGAGGAGGUCCAGAAAGAGGCGAUAAAGUUGAAGAGUUUGCCGAUACUGGUAGAAUACCUGAAAUACAGUACAGAUGGUACUGUGUUGCGGUUUGUUCUGAAUAUUAUAGCUGCUUUCCUCGACCACGGGGAGGAGAUAACAGAAGCAGCUAUACAACUGAACCUGGCUCCAAUUGCAUCAGACAUUCUCAAAACACAAAAGGAUGACGACACAGUAAAAGAAGCAGUGCUGGACGUGUUGGGAAACUUCAACUUGUUGGAGAAGCCCCUGAUACAGAUGCAGCUCUACCAGUCAGGGGUGCUGAACCAAAUAGUUGAGAUUAUUAAUACCUCUCUGGACGAAACUGACACUGCCGCCAUUGAACGGAUCGCUAGUGAGAUUCUGGUUCUGGUUGUGUCACACGAUGGGAUAGCCCAGCUUGUGUUUGAAGACACUGCUCUGGAUCUCACUAAAGAAGCUAUGGACUGGAUGAAGGGAUACCAGGAGCACUUGAAGGGAACAGGUGCACUGGUGAUAGGUAACCUAGCAACGUCAGACCUACGUAGCUCACUGCUGGUAGAUACUCCUGACCUGGUGGAGACCCUGUUCAAAGUGCUGGCAUGUGAUUAUACUUCCGAUGAGAUGCUCGUUAAGGUAAAACACGCAGCUCUCUCCGCACUACGCAACCUCUCCAUAUGCGAGGUAGCCAAGCCCCGUAUCCGUCCCCACUUGGAGACGUUGCUAGGCUACGUGUCAUGUGACAUGCCCAUGUUGGUGUUUAAGAGUGUGGGGUGUGUCAGGUGCCUGACCAGGGGAGACUCUGAGAUUGCUACUGAGCUCGCUGUUAAUCUUACACUUUUACAGACUCUAGUUGGACUGGUAGACAAGUACAAGUAUCACAACGGUAUCCAGGGAGAAGUACCCCGCCUCAUCAGUACUCUGAUCGUAGAGGGAAAACACAACCCUCAAACUAUCACACAAAUGAUUGAAUGUAAGAUUAUGCCGCUAAUAUUGCAAAUGACAACGACUAAAGAAUUCCCUCAAAUCCAAGUCGAAGGCUGGCUCGCUAUUCAAAAGAUAAUACACACGCAAGGAGACGGCUCCUCUCUUGUCUCUGAGAAAGUUCUAAAGUUUUGUGAGGGCUCCCUGACCGACGAUACUAAUCCUAACGUUCGAAUACUCGCGCUUAACAUCAUCAGAUUGCUGAGUAGCAGUAUUACAAAGGAAGAAGAUCUGCACGAAAUAACAGAACAUUUGAACCGACUGGCGGUAUCCAACGCCGACCUCCCUGCCAAGCAACUGGCUACGGAAAUAAAACAGUCCAAACCGUUCAACUGACAUAAUCUUCUACAUUCUAAACUCUAGGAUCAUUAACCAUUUCAAUUUAAAGUGGGCACAUUUCGAGGAGUGUUAGUUAAGUGUGGAUUGUUUUUUAAGUAAAAUUAUUUUCUCUCCUUGUAAAAAUGCCUGUCCUAUCAGUAGUGCAUGGCAAGCAAUUAGGUCUGGGGUUUAACCAUAUUGUAAUUUUGUUUUGAAAACCUUGACUAGGUGGCGUAAAUACUCUUCUAAAAAAGAAGAAAUUUUCGUCACCUGUAGUGAACUCUGUCAAUCGGGCGAUUUUUUACUUAAUCCAACAUCCAUGCCCCAAUCAAUUAUUUCAUUUUACACUUUUCGUGAGAAUAACUGUCAUUGAACAGUCGGCUACUUUGUGUUCCACCCAUAUUAUAUUUUGCUGUGCGAGUUGAAGCAGUCUGACUGUCUAACCUUAGCAGUGGGAUAGAUAAUGGAUUCUGCUUUAAGAUCAUUUUAGAUAUUAACUAUGUCAAUCAAUUUUGUGGCGUGUAGAUUUAACGAAGAAAUAUCAUUUUUGUCCUUAGCAUUCAAAGUUAAUCAAUGACUGUACGUUUGAUUUUUCAUAUCACCCGAAAUACAGGAAUCUUUUUUAUUUUUCGGGCUUGAUCGAUUAUUUAAAUAUUUGUGUGCUAUGGAUACCAAUCUAAUGAUUGUUUUGGAAAGUUAACUUGAUUAAAGAUUUAUUUUUCUCAAAUUAAUCGAUAUUUUACCCUUCUAAAUGCUGACUGACGUUCCCUUUUUUCGUGGAAUAGUUAAAUUAUCUACGCGAAUUUAGUGCUGCAACUGUAGAUUGAUUUGGUAUUCCGUAUUGAGAAGUUUUGAUGUAUUGUGUAAAAUCUUUAUUUGUCAUAA